AAAUACAAACAUUAUCUCGUGAAAGUUUACAAGCCGAACAGGUGUUUUUAUUGCUUAACUACCGCUAAAUGUAGGGUUCGACCGCUACUUAAUGAAACCAAAUGGAAUGCAAUUGGUAUUUUAACGCGCGAAUCAUGAAUUAAUCACCCUAAAGACCAGUGGAAUUUAAAAGCUUUUCACUUUUAACUGUUUAUGUGUACAAAGGAACGCCAACAGUGUAGUUUUUUGUGAAAUUUAUAAGUCAGUGAAAAGAAAACAUCGCAUCGAUAGUUCUCUCGACAAUAAGCCUGGAUAAUAAAGCCAUCGAAAAGUGUAUGAUACAAUACUGCCUUUAUCACCCCAUCAAAAACAGAUCGCGAUCCGUGCAAAAAUCGAUCCAACCCAGAGGGCAUGAAUAUUCGAAGCGCAGAGCGUACAAUAAAUACAAUGCAAGAGGGCUGAAGAGAUUUGUUAAGGCCUCCAAACGGUCGCUAAGUCCUUGUGGAAUGUGUGUUUAUUCGAGGACACUCUUGUUGCCUUAAUGUGAUAGUGUAAAUCAUACUAUAGUUGUUAAAUCAACGGAUACAUGUAACAUCAAUAAUAUUAAUCUUUCGCGUGUGUAUUGAUAACGGAUUGAAAGCACAUUUGUUUCUUAUCUAAGCUUUUAUGAUAUGACCUCGUUCCAUUUCAGUUCAAUUGACAAUAUGAGAUAUAUCCGAGUUAGUUUAUCGAAUGUAUCGCGGAAGAUAGAAACAGAACAGCUGUUAUCCUUUGAGUGAAUUGCAUAGGAUUUUAUUUUAGAAAAGACCUGGACUUUUUUUCAAGGACAUGUCGUCGUUUGAUGAAACAGCAGGCGAUGACUUGUCGUCUGCCUCUGGCUCCCAGGUGUCAGACGACACGAGCGUGACUGAGGAUCCAAACUAUACUAUAGAGCACGACACAGCGUUCCAGCAAGCGCUCGGGCAGUUGGAUGAGCUGCAGCUUGAACCGGAUGCUAGUCUCCAGGAACUGGACGGAAAUGACGUUGAGUCCGUAGGUGCAGACUCUACCGGAAGUAAAGACGAAAAGGCAGACGAUAACGAAGAUAGAGGCCAUGAUACUUUGAAGGAUGGUGAUAGUGGUAAAUCUGUGACUGAAAACGGGAAGAAAUCGGCGGUAAAACCAAAGAAACAGUCUGUUUUCGAUCGCCUGAAACGUUUAACAAAGUUCGAAAAGAAACCAAAAGGUGCUAGAGAUACGAAUUUGUCAAAGUUUACUGGAGUUAAAGUUGAAAAGUUACCAGUGUGUUUUGUUGCGAAAUAUAUUGGUCACAUGGAAACAAAAGGAAUUUUUGGUCUCGAGCAUGUUCGAGAGCCGGUGGACGAUCUGGUCGCGAAGAUCAAGGACGACUUAGUGUCCAUGGACCGAGUGGAGUUACCGCUGUGCUAUUUAGUGUUCUCAUCGAAGGGAAUCGACGUCCGGGAACAUCCGGCGAACAAGGUCAAGGACGGAGUCGGCUUUGGGUUACACCCCAUCGAUUUUAUUUCAUACGGGGUCCAGGACAUGAAAUACUGGCGCAUCUUUACUUUCAUAGUCGUUAACGAGUUGGGAUACAAGAAAAAGAAGACGGAAUGCCACGCGUUUAUCGCCGACGCUAGCCAGAACGCCCGUAAGAUGGCAUUAGCAUUGGCGGCGUGUUUCAGCGUCUACAAGAAGAAGCUGGCGGCGGAAGGGAAGACUCACAACUUUCGGGUAGAGCUCCGGCCGCCGGAUGAGCUGUCCGGGAACAUGCAGCAUGACGUGGAAGCGUAGUGAAUGCGUAGAGGAUGUGUUGAUGCGUAUAAUUGACUAAAAGAACUUGAAUCUUUGAAUCAAUUAAUCAUGACUCGGAGGAAGACUCGAUGCCGGCUGUUUGUUUUUGCCAGGUGGAUAAUGACGAAUAAUUAGCGGUGUCUCAAUUAAACCUAGUUAAAGGUAUUUUGUGAACUUAGCAUAACGCUUAUGCUUUUAAUUAAGAUCAGUAUUGUUUAUUUUGUUGUUAUUACAACAAUGCAUCCGUCUUGUUUUAAAUUCAUUAAUGUACCAGACGAAAAAUAUUAGAAAUGCACGUGUUCAUGGAGUUAAUUUGUGUGCGGACACAUUGUAAGAUCAUCUCUGUAUGCAUAUUGCUCAUAUCCGCCAUUUGGCUAAAUCGGGCGUUUUAGUCAAGAUAUUGAUCUUCCUUAAAGGGAUCUUUUCACGCUUUGGUAAAUUGACAAAAUCGAAAAAAGUUGUUUCAGAUUCGCAAAUUUUCGUUUUAGUUAUGAUAUUUGUGAGGAAACAGUAAUACUGAACAUUUACCAUGGUCUAAUAUAGCCAUUAUAUGCAUCUUUUGACGAUUUUAAAACCUAAAAAUUAUAAAGCGUUGCAACGCGAAACGAUUGAAUAAAUUGGAGAGUUCUGUUUUUGUCGUUAAAUUUUGUGAAACUACGAAGAUUGCUUAUAUAAGGUAUGAAAUACUUCAAGCAUAUGUACUCGGCGGAAUAGCUCAGUAGGCUAAAGCGUUUUUACUUCAGGACUCUGACAGGACUCCAGGGGUCACUGGUUCGAAACCUGGUCCGGGCAAUGUUCUUUUCCUUUUUUUAAUUUUAUUCUCGAUUUUUUACUGGAGCUUUUACGAUCCAAUAAUUACAUUUAUCGAUAUAAAGCAUUUAAUGAAUAAGUUAAAAAAUGCCAAAAUCUGUGAAAAGGCCCCUUUAAUCUUAUAGUAAUGGUAAAAAAAAUGUUAAUAAGUAAGAUCUAUGUAGACAAAUCUAUUGAAAUAUUUAGUGAGACAUCUAGUCGAUGCUUUACUAAAUAGAAAGUUGAUAAUAUGGUAUAGUUCUAUGGUCAGAAAAAAGAUUCUUAUACAAUUAUUAGAAGCAGUUUAGCGUUUCUUUCAGCAUAUUUCGGUGCACAUGAACUGCGUCGUGAUAAAAAGGGGUAUUAUGUCAUAUGCGGCCAUCGUAGCUUCAGACUAACCUGCGCAUUCGCACAUUGUUGACAGUGGCUACGAUGUCCGCUUUACAGUCACGCAAGGUUUUGUUUUCUUCUUACCGGACAUUAUGUCUCCGCAUCUGAGUAAACGGAGCGCAUAUCUAGAGCCACACAGUUAUGUCCUUACGUCCAUUUUCGCUCAGCGCGGCGCCUAGUCUCAUUUAUAAGACGCGCAAAGAUGAGAGCGUCAAUAAGUUGGACUACGCGGCGCCUAUAUCCUUGUUUCCUAUGGGUUCCAAGUUAAUAUAUCCACAUGUUGUUUUUACAUUUUGAAUUAUGUACAUGAUUGUUUGUCACUAUUUAACUUUUUAUCGAGUUUUUAAUUAAAUACACAUGUACUGUUCACAUGACGACGAAAGUUCUCAAUCUGAAAUAAUCUCGCCUCAAUACACUGAUUUUUUCAACAUCGUUUUCCAUUGGUUGAAUAUUUUACAUGAUGACUUUAUAUGUAGAAAGUUCUUACUCAUGAUUGUUAAACUAUUGGUAUUUUAUUCCAUCUACAAAUUAUAUUCUCCAUCUAGAUAAAAAUUUCCGGCAAAUUCAUAAAAUUAAAAAUAGCCUGUAGUACAUGUUGCUCAUUACAGUCAAACAACAAACAAAAAUGUUCGAUUCUGAGUUAGGUAAGUAUAAAUGAGCCUUUUUCUGAGAAAACUGGGCUUAAUGCAUGUGCGUAAAGUGUUAUCCCAUAUAAGCCUGUGCAGUCUGCACAGGCUAAUCAGGGACGACACUUUCCACCUAAACUUGAUUUUCGGUAAGUAGGAACUUCCUUGAAACUAAAAAAACUAUAAAAGCGGAAAUUGUUGUCCCUGAUUAGCCUGUGCAGACUAUACAAGCUUAUCUGGGACGACACUUUACGCACAUGCAUUAAGCCCAGUUUUCUCAGAACGCGACUCAAAUAAACACAUCUGCACAACGGUGAAGCGAAACUUGUUCGCUUUUCAUGUCGUCAUAACUUAUUGUUGAAAUUAAUAUUCGAAUAUAUUGUACAGUUUCAAACAGGCUAUUUCGAUGUCUUGAAAUUUAACAUUAUAAAAUAUUUGCUUGUCAUGUGCAAUACGAAUGAUAUAUUAGUAAUAUGUAAACGUUUAAUAUAAAGUUCACGUACGUCAUUAAUAGCAAAUACAAAUUUCGUAUUUACAUACAUCUUUAUUGUUAUAGAGCGAACUUUUGUUUUCGUGUGGCACAUGCAUAUAUAUUCCAAUAUAUAUAGAUAUAUCUAGUGUGUCGGUACUUAUUGUUAUUUCCAUAUAAGAUUAUUAAGUUAUUUGUGUCAAUAAACAAGAUUAAAAAAAGUAUUAAAAGUAUUGUUACGAUUAUAGCUCUUGAACAUAAAUAUUAAGAUGAUGGUCUGAAUUGAAAAUGCUAAGUGAUGCUUGUAGAUUUUAUUUUGCAUAAAUUUAACUCGAAAUGUCAUAUACACAUUAUAGUCCAGAAAUGUUAAGUUUAUAUUUCUACAAUUUUUGACAUGUAUUGUAUUUGUGAUUAAAAAUCUGAAAAUUGUUAAGUUCACUUUCCGGAAAUACCGAAUAUUGUAGGACUUUCAGAACAGCUCAUAUUGCGUUCUUUUUAAAGACAUUUAUGACGAAUAAUCCUAUUGUUAUCAACGCUUUUGUAAUUAUUGUAUUCAUGUAUAUGAUAUUAUUUGAGCAAUAGUACAAUACAUGUAUUAUAUAUUCGUGUUUAUUUGUUUUAAGUAGUUUUAAGGUAAUUUGAGUGUUACUUUACCGUAGAGCUGUAAAGAAGAGGCUCACUUUUGAAUGCCAUGUUAGAAUAUUAAUAUCUUGCAUCAUUUGAUAUAUUUUUCAACAUAGGAUUAAUAACUUGCGGCAUAAGAUGAGCAACUUUGAUCUUUGAUUACCUUAUGAAUAAUAAGUUGCAAUUAUUCGGUAUAGUUGCAGCAUUUUUCCCCAAUGAAUAUGAGUAUUAACAGAAAUUGCCUUUGGCUUAAAUUAUACAAAUGUGGUAUUCAAGGUAAAUUAUUACGUAUUGUUAAGGAUAUGUUUGAAAAGGUUAAGUCUUGCGUUCGCAUUUGUAAUACGUACUCAGACUUUUUCAGCUACGCUGCUGGACUACGUCAAGGGGAGGUAAUUUCGCCUCUGCUUUUUUCUUUAUUCGUGGUAGACCUAGUAAUUUACAAAGUAAUUUAGAUUCAGGUUUAUAUUUUGAGGAUAUGUUGUUAAUAUUAUUGUCAUUUGCUGAUGAUAUGGAAAUUUUGGGUAAAACACCAGAAGACUCACAAAAUAGCUUAGAUAGUUUAUAUGAUUAUUGUAACUGUUGGGGUCUUGAGGUAAACACCCAAAAAACCAAGGUUAUGGUUUUUAGAAAAAGAGACAGAGUACUUCCAAAUGAGAAGUGGAGUUACCAUGGGAACUUGUUAGAAACUGUAGAUAACUUCAACUAUCUCGGUACAAUUUUUAAUUACACUGGCAAUUUCGCUAUGAAUCAAGAGCAUUUAAUAGGUAAAUCAUUAAAAGCAUUAAAAUUACUUAUGUAUAAUUGUAGAACAUAUGAUAUUAAACCCAAAUUACAAUGCCAGCUCAUCGAUUCCUUUAUAGGUUCAAUAUUGAAUUAUUCUGCCGAGGUAUGGGGCGCAACUAAAUCUAAAGAAAUAGAGCGUAUACACCUCAAAUUUUGUAAAAGUGUUUUAAAGGUCAGUACUUGUAACGCUGGUGUAUAUGGUGACUUAGGAAGGUACCCGUUAUAUAUUACUCGAUAUAUUAGGAUAAUAAAGUAUUGGUGUAAAUUGUUACAUACUGAUAAUAUUAUUAUGAAAACGAUUUAUCGACAAAGUAUAUCUGAUUGUUCAGAAGGUUAUAAUAAUUGGGUACCAAAUGUUAAACAAUUGUUAGAAACAUAUGGCUUUGCUGAUUGCUUUAUAAAUGGUGAUAAUCUUGAUUGUAAAACAUUUCCACAUGUAUUUAAACAAAGAUUUAUUGAUACUUAUAAACAAGACUGGCAUAGCUCUGUUGAAAAUAAUAGUGUAUUAGAUUUGUUACAAAAUUAUAAAGAUUCUCUGUCAUAUGAAUUUUAUCUAAAUGUAUUGCCAAGUAGUUUAAGGUUCUUUGUCACUAGAAUAAGAUUAUCUGCACAUUCCUUAAGAGUUCAAACUGGUAGAUUCGGUAGGAAUAGAAUACCAAGAAAUGAGCGAUACUGUCAAUGUUGUUACUCCGUCGAUAUUGAAGACGAGUACCAUUUCACUCUUAUUUGUCCUUGUUUUAGCAAUAUACGUAAGAAAUAUAUUAAGAAACAUUAUUAUGUACGACCUUCAAUGUUCAAAUUUAUUGAGCUAUUGAAAACUGAAAACAAAUCUGUAUUGAUUAAACUUGCAAAAUAUAUUAAAGAAAGCUUGGAAAUUAGAAACGACAUUACAAAUGUUAACGAAAACUGAUCAUCCUCUUUACAUGCUGUGUUAUGUUAUAUUGAAAUGUCCAUUAAUUCGUGUUUAUAUAUUAUACUGAUAUACGUGAUGUUAUCAUAUAAUAAUAUGUGUAUAUGAUGAUGUACUAUGUACAAAUCAAAUAAAAUAUCUGUUCUGUU